CAUGAACCAUGAUGCAACAAGACUAUAUUGAUUGCAUUUGUCUUGACUGAGACACCGGUGCACACUGACAUUGACUAAUUCCCCCCUUUUUGCUUGUGCACGGCCUUUCAUUUUUGGAUACUAUGAGUAAUCGACGCCGAUCCUCAGUAGUUCCCCCCAAAGAUCAAACUCGUCUCAAGAUUGAGCGGAUGGAAGCGGAACGAGAAGAACGUCGUAGGGCUAUGGUUGAGCGCAAGAAAGAGCGCGCUCAGGAAGAACAGCGAAACAUUGCCGCUGGAAAUCCAGGCGACGUCGAUUUCAUUGGAAUGGUGCGACGCUGGCGACAGCAACACGCGCAAGAAAUCGAGCCACACGAUUCUUGCGACGCGCAUCCUCGUAUUUGCAUCUGUGUACGUAAACGUCCCAUUUCGGAAAAGGAGCGGGCCAGAAACGAUCACGACUCUGUUACUUGCCUCAAUCCGGCCGUCUGGAUACACAGCUCGAAAGUACGGGUAGACGGCAUCACAAAAUACCUCGAUCAAACGUCAUUCACUUUCGACCACGCCUUCAGUGAAGAGGCGUCUACCGAAGACGUUUACAAACACACCACCAUGCCAUUGCUGGACUUUGUUUGCAGCGGGAAAGGGGGACGGGCAACGGUGUUCGCCUACGGACAAACCGGCUCGGGGAAAACGCAUACCAUGAAUGGUAUUCAAGCGAUUCUUUGUGAGGACUUGUACCUGCAGCUUUCCGAUCAUGCAAACGCUGGUGGAUGUUCUUUGAAGAGCACAAAGAUCGUGCUAAGUUUUUUUGAAAUGUACGGAGGGUUUGUGCAGGACCUUCUGAAUGAUCGCAAUCGACUCAAAGUUCUCGAAGACGGCCAAGGGGAGAUUGUUGUAACAGGACUUCAGGAAGUGGAGGCCGAUACUGUCGCAGUCUUUCACGAAAUCGUCAACACGGGUAAUUCCUUUCGGACAACUCAUACAACGGAGGCCAACGAUACGUCCUCACGAUCGCACGCUAUUUGUCAAAUACUGUUGCGUGACAAGCGCACAAACAAACUGCAGGGGAAACUGUCCUUGGUUGAUUUGGCGGGAAGUGAACGCGGCACUGAUACAAAAUCUCAUAAUUCCCAGCGGCGAGCAGAAAGUUCUGAUAUUAAUACGUCGUUACUGGCUUUGAAGGAAUGCAUUCGUGCCUUGGAUAACAAAAACAAGUCCGGAGCUAAACACGUCCCGUAUCGUUCCUCGAAAUUGACUUUGAUUCUCAAAGAUUGUUUCACCUCACCUGCCGCCAUGACCACCAUGAUUGCAACAGUCUCUCCAGGAGCAUCCGCGACGGAUCAUUCUUUGAACACGCUACGAUACGCUGGCAGGAUCAAAGAGCAACGCGCCGGCACCAAAGCUGGUGAUAUUGCCAAGAGUCCGAUGCGACGGAAAGUGUCGCCUCGGAGUGCAGACACGUCAUCUACAGCAUCGGAUCAACUUCCAAACAGUCUGGGUAUAGAUGAAAAGACAGCAGUGGUUGAAGGGAGUGCAACCCGAUUUACACCGAGGUCAGGGACGAAUACAAUGCUUCGUAAGGAAGUAUUAGUACGUCGUAGCCCGUCGGAUGAUUUAGACGCCGUCUCAGGUGCGACACAGGAGGAGACCGAGCUGCGACGCACUGUGCAAGGUUUAUUUGAACAAGAAGAAGCAAUCUUGAGUAUGCACAUGAGAAAUAUUCAGGAGAAUGCUGAAUUGCUCACGGAAGAAGGAAAACUUUUACAGGAGGUGCAAAGGGACGGAGUCGACAAUGAAGCCAUCGAGGAGUACAUUUGCGCACUCGAAAGCGUUGUAGAAAGAAAAGAAACAAUGAUUUUGUCUCUGCAGGAAAAGCUUUUGGUGUUCAGCGAUGCUUUAGAGAAGGAGCAGGCACUUUCUAAAAAGGUGGGUUCGCUGGCACAGUAUUAA